AUGCUAAUCGCGAACGAGGAAACACCCUUGCUGAACGGAUCCCGAUAUGAGGCUCAAGCGGGUACGGCGACGCGACUCAGGGGGGAGAAAUGGCGGGUAUUCGGUGUGGUAGCGGGUGCUGGGUUCCUAUCUGUCUCGACGUUCUGGAUAUACUAUAUCGAUUGGCGAUCCAUGCUCUUGAUCCUAGGCGGACCAUCCAUGGUAGAGAGUUUCCUACGAGAUUUCUCUCUUUUACUAUCAGCUACAGUCGGCGUCCUCCUCGCGUCCAUCUAUUCCACGAUCCAUGGCAAACGCAAAGUCCUCCUCUGGACGACUUCAUCCAUCAUCCUCGGUUCCCUCCUAGUCUCAACCUCUCAAAACAUCACCUGGCUCCUCCUCGGACGCAUCUUCCAAACACUCGGCACGACCCCCACUUGGUCUGUCGGGAUCGGGAUUCUGGGCGACACCUUCAGACGUGAACAGAGGGGCAGGGCUAUCGGCGGGUUUAUAUUUGUAUCGAUGUUGGGAGGCGUAGCUGCGCCUCACCUAUCUCACCUGAUGAAGCACCUCGCUCCCCACCUCUCCGUAUCCACUUACGACUCGUGGCGGCUCACCCAAGCCCUCCUCGCCAUCGCCUCCUCCGUCCUCUGGUUAACCCUCCGCCAAUCCACCUCCCUCUCGCGUCCGGCACCUCUAUGUCUCAACAUCGAAGGAUUCUCAGAGGACUCGCUCGUAGAAGGGUUACAUGAAGACUCGAGACCUGAACGAAUGGGUGGUAUCUCGGAGGACGAGUCGCGACUGGAAGAACGACUCGAACGACCACACCGGGGGAUUUUGAAUCCCUUCUCGCCGUAUGGGUUGUUACAUCUGAAGGAUGUUCUUCCUCUGUCAUUCGCUAGUGGUGCUCCCAUCUACUCCGCUACGUGUCGUACGUCCCGUCCUACUCUCACUCGCACUGCAGUAAUCGGAAAUGCUGAUUGGAAUUUGGAUGGGUGUGGGGUUAUAGUACUUUGGAUGGAGGUUUCCUCAUAUAGCUGGCCAAAGCACGCAGAUAAACUGGUCUACAGAUGGUACUUCCCUUCGCUCGCACUCGGGUUGGGUCUCGGCGCCCUCCUCGCAGGUUUCGCGACCGACUAUAUCCUCAUCCGACGCAUACAAGACCUCCUUCGUACCUCCUCCCACCAUGGCACCUCCCACCCACGCACCUUGAACUUUGAAUCAAGCUUCGACCGCCCCGACAAACGAUUCUUCGUCUCUCUCCCGGGCGCAUUCCUCAUCGCUCCACCUCUCGUAUUGGUCGGGUUUGUGUUGAAUUUUGCGAUGGGUGGUGGUGGGAGGGGUACUGGUGUUGGGUGGGCGUUGGCACCGCUUGAAUGGGCCUUGAUACCUUUCGGGAUGAAUGAAGUUGGGGUGAAUGGGUUUGGGCUGAGGGGUAUCAUCUUCAAUUGGGUGUUGUUCAUGCAAGAGGAAGGUGAAGGUGGAGGUGUUGGGCUGAACGUGAAUAAGUGGUUAGUCAUGGGGUGUUUGUUUCUGGUUGGACUUGGGACAUAUUCAACCUCCGUACCAGUCCUCACCUACUUCCUUGAAGUCGUACCGCAGUCAAGGAACGUGCAGAUUGUUGCUGCUUCAGAUGCACUCCAGAUCCUCGUCACCGGGAUCACCUUUACGAUCCUUGUCGUCCUUGCUUCAGCGUUUGGAACGAGUGUUGCGAAUGUUGUUGGGUGUGGGGUUGUUUUGAUGAGUCCUGUACUGAUCUUCUCUGUUAUACGUCGUCGGAAGAUGGCUGAACGGGAGGCUAUGGUUUCGGAAGGGGAGGAGCGUGGGUCUGGUGGUAGUGGUACGUCGCAGGAUGGGGGUGCUGGCUCGAGUGGGAGUGCGAACGUGAGUGGGAGCGCGAGCGGGAACGGACAUUUAUAG